UCCUCUUAACAUUCCCAUUCUCAUUUUCUCCCUCCACAGCUCCUAUUAAAAGUUUUUGGUCCCUAGCAACUCCAUUUCCAUAGUUUAUAGUUUGGGAAAAGGUGUGGUACAUCAUUUGUGCUCUAUAGUUAAAGUCUAUUUUAUAUAUUUUGAGUUUCAGUAUUAUUUUGAUAGUGACAAUUUAAGAAGAUUUACAAUAUCUUACAAUUUUAUACUAGGUCCGCACUUUUUUGAAGUUAUUACUCUAUUAUUGUGGUUUAGUUAUCUUGAACACACAUAUUCAAUGGGUCCUUCUAGUAGAAAAAGAACAAGAAGUUCAAGAACAACUACACAAAAGCAGCAACCCUUGAAGAAUAAUGAAGAGAUAUCAGCUGUUUCUCCUUGUAAGAGUACUUCAUUGAAGGAUGAUGACAUUAAUGGAUCAAAUGUUAGUAACGAUUAUUAUUCAACUCCAAAAGCUGAGAAAUUUCGAAUUCCAGAAAUCAAGACUUGCCCUCCAGCACCAAAGAAGAAGAGAAGAGUACUUUUUUCACCAUCAUCAUCAUCAUCAGCAGCAGCAGCAGCAACUUGUAAUACAUCAUUGAAAAGAAGUCCCAUUUCAUUCUUCACUCCACUAGAUUUAGAUCACCUUUUCCACUUUGAGAAAAUCUGCACUUAAUUUCUAUGAUAAUCAACUUAUUUGGUGAUAUUUUCUAUUUCUUUUUCCUUUUAUGGGUCUUGGUAGAGGUCGGAUCUAGAAGUUCGGUUACGGGUUCACGUAAACUCAAUAACUUUUGCUCAUUUUG